AUGGCCUCAUUAAGAAACUGGCGGAGGCUAUGCAUAAUAACCUGGCUCCUCUACACCGAAAUCUUCGUCUCCGGACUGCAAAUCACACCCCUAUCGCUACCAACAUCAAACCCCCAUAAUAUCAACAACCAACUUACACCAAGAUCAACACUACGAGCCGAUGCCAGCUGCCCCGUGAAGGGCUACACGGCCUGCGGCAACGGCAUGGCAGACUACUUUUGCUGCCCCAGCGAAACGACAUGCAUAGUCCUCGCAGAGAAGACCACCGCCCUGUGCUGUCCCAAGGGGUCUUCGUGCGAGACCAUCUCGCCCAUCACCUGCGACGUCACCCUACAAGACGUGGUCGAGAAUCCGACGAGCCCGAUCCACACCACCAGACGGAAAGAAUCUCUGCCGCAGUGUGGGAGCAAGUGUUGUCCGUUUGGGUAUACAUGUCGAGGCGGUUCUGCCUGCGUCUUGGACGACGGCCAGGAGGAAGAAAGGCCUCAGACUUCCAGCACGCCGGUCUCAUCUACAAAGACGAGGACAAGGACUGUAUCAAGCGCGAUACCGACGACGUUCACUCAGGCAGCGACGACGACGACGGCCGUCGAGACAGUUCCAGCUGCCUCAUCGACACCAUCUCCAACCCCCGGCGAAGACCUCCCUACCCCAUCAGCAGUGACAUCCCCCUCAGAAACCACCCCCGCCGCCGCAGCAGCCGCCUCCCCGAGAAGCUCAACCUCGGGCGGCAUCAUCGCAGGCACCACCGUCGCAGCCAUCGCCUCAGUGGCAGGCAUAACCUGCCUCCUCUGGUUCAAGCGACGCUCUAUAUCCGAAAGCGUCGGUUCGGCAAAGUUCCCUCGCCCCUGGCAACAACUACGACAGAACGGCUCGGACCAGGACGUCUCGUCGCUGCCGCGGUACAACUCCCCGCCGCCGGCGUACGCCGUGGAGAUGAAGUCGCCGCUGGCGAAGCCGUAUACGUGGAAACACUACAGCCCGGACUCCUUUGGGCGCGACCGCUACGGCGGCCGUGACGACGACGGCAGCGUUCCCGUACCUGUUUCUGUUGCGCUUGCCCUCGCUGUCGAGUUGCCCGCCACGCCGGUUUCCUUUAGCCAGUGGCAUGUUCGGGAGGAAGGGGAGGCGACGAGGCCGCGGUCUCAUUAUGAACCUUACCGGCGUCCUUCGUAA